GCCGGCGCUGGCAUUCUCGCUGCAGGGUUGCCGCGGCAAAGAAGCUGCAGUCCAUCCGAGACACAGACUUGACUUGUUGGCAUUCUCGCUGCAGGUUUUACUCGGCAAAGAAGCUGCAGACUUGACUCCCGCUCUCAAAAUGGGGAAAAUCAACGGCUGCCUCAAAUGUCUCUUCAUCUUCUUCAACGUGGUCUUUGCUAUCAUUGGAUGUCUGCUGAUCUUCGGGGUGGUGAAGGCCAGCAUCUACAGUCAGCAGCUGUCAUCGUUGGGGGCGCCCGGCCUGGCGUGGGCGUGGGUGUUUGCCAUCGGCAUGAUUGCUAUUUCCUGCCUGGGAAUCUACGCAGGAAGCAGCGAGAAGAGCUUGGCACUAAAGUUGUUUGCAGGCUUCAUGGGCGUGGGAAUGAUCAUCAUGCUGAUCUUUGGCAUCAUCGUGGUGGUGCUCAGGAACAAGGUGAGAGACAACUUCCGCAGUGCGUCCUCUGAGGCGGUCAAGCAACACAUGGAUGUAGAAGAAUUCCGAGGAAUGCUGAAUGAGAUCCAGCAGAGUGGUCAAUGCUGCGGCCUGGUCAGCGCCAAGGACUGGGGCCACGACAUUCCCGCUUCCUGCGAGUGCAAAUCCAGGAAUUACGGGAUGUUUGGAAAUUCCGGCUGCUCAGCCCGACCUCAGGGAUCCAGGGGCCCCAAUCAGAUCUAUGUCCAGACGUGCGGCGACAUCAUCAUCACGUGGACCGACUUCCUCUUCAACAUUGUCAUGGGCUUCUUCUUUGGCUUCGCCGUCACUGCGCUUCUGGGCCUGCUGGUCUCCCUCCUCAUGGUCCAGCAGGUCAAAGGUCAGCAUCAGGGCGGCUCCACCUCCAUGGCUAUGAAGGGCUACUGAAGGUCAUUUACCGAGCCUUCUUUGGGAGGGAAAAGACCAGCUCUACUUUCUGUCAAACAUAUCUCAUUCUUACUGUAACUUUGUAUUUCACAACAUCAAAUAUUACUUCAGCAUCUUCCUGUUUCAUUGAAACUACAAGCGGCUCUGGAGGAUGUAGUCCAAGGUCCAACAGGUCAACCAAAGCAUGUAGUCCCAGGUCCAACAGGUCAACCAAACCAUGUAGUCCAAGGUCCAACAGGUCAACCAAACCAUGUAGUCCAAGGUCCAACAGGUCAACCAAAGCAUGUAGUCCAAGGUCCAACAGGUCAACCAAAGCAUGUAGUCCAAGGUCCAACAGGUCAACCAAACCAUGUAGUCCAAGGUCCAACAGGUCAACCAAACCAUGUAGUCCAAGGUCCAACAGGUCAACCAAACCAUGUAGUCCAAGGUCCAACAGGUCAACCAAACCAUGUAGUCCAAGGUCCAACAGGUCAACCAAAGCAUGUAGUCCAAGGUCCAACAGGUCAACCAAACCAUGUAGUCCAAGGUCCAACAGGUCAACCAAAGCAUGUAGUCCAAGGUCCAACAGGUCAACCAAAGCAUGUAGUCCAAGGUCCAACAGGUCAACCAAAGCAUGUAGUCCAAGGUCCAACAGGUCAACCAAACCAUGUAGUCCCAGGUCCAACAGGUCAACCAAACCAUGUAGUCCAAGGGCCAACAGGUCAACCAAACCAUGUAGUCCAAGGUCCAACAGGUCAACCAAACCAUGUAGUCCAAGGUCCAACAGGUCAACCAAACCAUGUAGUCCAAGGUCCAACAGGUCAACCAAACCAUGUAGUCCAAGGUCCAACAGGUCAACCAAACCAUGUAGUCCAAGGUCCAACAGGUCAACCAAACCAUGUAGUCCAAGGUCCAACUGGUCAACCAAACCAUGUAGUCCAAGGUCCAACAGGUCAACCAAAGCAUGUAGUCCAAGGUCCAACAGGUCAACCAAAGCAUGUAGUCCAAGGUCCAACAGGUCAACCAAAGCAUGUAGUCCAAGGUCCAACAGGUCAACCAAAGCAUGUAGUCCAAGGUCCAACAGGUCAACCAAAGCAUGUAGUCCAAGGUCCAACAGGUCAACCAAAGCAUGUAGUCCAAGGUCCAACAGGUCAACCAAAGCAUGUAGUCCAAGGUCCAACAGGUCAACCAAAGCAUGUAGUCCAAGGUCCAACAGGUCAACCAAAGCAAAGUGCACAGAAGUCUCUUUUAGACCAACAUUCAAUUGCUGUUUGUUUUUUAAAACAACAUUUAAAUCUGUUUCAUACCCACAUUAAAAUGUUAUUUUUAACCAAUAUUAAAUGGUAUAUUUUAUCAAUGUUAAAUUGUGUUUUAUACUGACAUUAAGUCGUUUUUUAUACCAACAUUAAAUUGUAUUUUCUUCACCAACAUUAAAUUGUAUUUUAUAGCAACAAUAAAUUGUAUUUUAGACCAAUGUUGUAUUUUUUUUAUUACCAAUAAAUUGUAUUUUUUCAAACCAUCA